AUGCCGCUUCUGCUCGCGUCGCUGCUUUUGAGCAAUGUUAUAAGCGUCCCCAAUCCCCGGCCUACCGGGAUCCCGGCGUGCUACAAUUCUGCACAGGAUACUCUGCGGCAGGUGCUAGGUGCUCCUGUUGCAAGGAUCUGCACCAGGCGCUUCCCCUGCCUUGUCUUCUAUCUCUUAAACAAGCCUCUCCGCAGGCAGGUCACUGCCCUACGAGAGCUAAAAACCAAGCACGCGGACAAGGCGUCGACCUGGCCGAUUCUUCUAGGCAACAACUUCCUCUGUUUGCUGGCCGUCGACGCCUACCAAACAAUCGCAGAGGACUUCGCCGAUCUCAUCCACCCGUUUCGGUUUAACCAGGCACAGCAAGCGGCCAUCACGCGUCUCCGCGCGCUCCCUGGUGGCGUUGUGCGACCAUCCCUCCUGUUUCUCCCUUCAACAACUGUCAUACUGACUGGCGGCCACCAUCAGAUCAUGCUAACCGCGCCGUCGAACGAUGUCGUCAACGAUCUCCCGGUCGCGAUUGAAGAGGUGUUGUCGUUCGCUGUCAUGCUCUCGCCACCGAAGAAGAUCUUCUGUUAA